ACCCCAAAGAAGAAGAGCAUUUUACUUGAUUUUGGAAAACAUCAACAUGGUAAAAUGCUGCAUUAAAAACUGCCGCAGCAGGUCACACUAUCAUUCAGGAAAUAAAAUAAAAAAUGGGAUACGUUUCUUCAUUUUCCCAAAGUGUAAACGGCACGAAGGACCGCAUGUUGAAGAUGUAACGAGAAGACGUCGCAUGGCGUGGAUAUCGGCAGUAGGACGAAAAGACAUCACUUACAACCACAGCCCUGUGUCAAGGAGAGUGUGCUCUUUGCACUUUCAUUCAGGACAACCAGCAUAUGAAAUGCUUGAAACCCAUCCUGACUGGGCACCAUCUUUGCUUUUGAAUCCCAGUGAAGUAAAUGAAAAUGACAAAGAUAGUUUUAGCAGUCGAAUAAAGAGAAAUAAAAGGUCUGGGGUCACGAGAAAAAAGAAGAUUGAGGACAACAUUAAACGUGAAGAAGCAGAUGAGAUGGUACAAGAAGACAAAGUGAUAUACAAUGAAGUAACUGAGACGGUGAUGCGACAGGAAGUGGAGGAGAAGAAAUGGACACAAGUGGACGUGGGGGAGAAGGAAUUGCCACGACAGGAUGAGAAAGAUGACAUUGCACACCAUCCUGAUGAACAUAGUGCAAAGGACUGUGGGCUUUGCCAGUGCAGAUAUAAUGAAAUAAACCGUUUACUACAGGAAAACAGACAGCUGAAGCAUGAACUUGAUGGAUUUAAAAUCACAGAGGAGUUUUUUAAGGAUGAUGAUGUUAAAGUCAAAUAUUACACAGGACUUCCAAGCUAUGCCAUUUUUCAGGUUUUGUUUUCCAAAGUAAUGCCGUUUUUGCCUCAGGCUAAAAGAAAGUUGACAUGUUUUCAGAUGCUCCUUCUUACCUUCAUGCGUCUGAGAUUGGAUUUGCCCAUCCAGCACAUCGCUCAUCUUUUCAAUGUGAACGAAUCAACUGUUAGUACUGCAUUUAAGCAAACGGUGAGUGUUUUGUACUCCCGCUUGUCUCCACUGGUGCACUGGCCAGACAGAGAGAGUUUGCUAGUCAGUAUGCCGCAUCAGUUCGUGGAGAUAUUUGGAAAUCAUUUUGCUGCCAUUGUGGACUGCUUUGAAGUUUCUAUAGAAAGACCAUCAAGUCUUCAAGCAAGGGCACAAACAUCAUCAAACUUCAUCAAAGAUGGUCUCACACUGAAGUACCUCACAUGCAUUACUCCACAAGGAGUCAUUUCUUUCAUCUCUAAAGGGUUUGGUGGGCGCACUAGCGACAAACAAAUAACUGAGAACUGUGGUUUUCUAGAUAAACUACUGCCAGGGGACAUAGUGUUAGCGGACAGAGGGUUUGACAUUAAAGAGAGUGUGGGAUUGAUGUGUGCUGAAGUGAAAAUACCAGCAUUUACAAAGGGGCAACGUCAGCUGGAAGCAAAGGAUGUGGAGGACAUGACAAGCAUUGCACACCUCAGAAUUCACCUGGAGAGAGUCAUCGGUGUUGUACGCAACAAAUACAAAAUCCUUUCUUCAACUAUUCCUAUCAGUAUGGUGCUGCCAUGUGAGCGUGUGUAUGUAACAUUUUUAGACAAAAUAGUUACAGUUUGCUGUGCUUUGGUAAACAUGUGUCCAAGUGUUGGACCAAUAAGAAAAACAAAUACCUGUUCAUCGUUACAAUAAAAUAUAAUACAACACAAUAUAACACAGAAAUAUGUAUAACAUUUAAAAAUAAGUUUAUUUAACUAAGUUUGGGAGGAGCGUGGGCUUGUAAUCCAACCGAUCAAAGCAAAGAUGUCUCUGUAGCUGUCCCUCACCUCUGUCCUGUUUUUUGCCGCAUCCUUCCUCCACACCAUCGCUUUACUCUCUGCUGAUACAUCUGUCCCAGUUGAAAAGGGGGAAGGUUAAAAAACCCUUAAUAAUAAAUACAAACGAUUAUUGUUUUUAAAGUUUUCUGGAUUUUUCUUCUAAAUCAAUGGGAU